GGUUGGGGGACAGCAGAGACUAAGCAGCAUAAGACCACACAGUCGUGACAGCAAACGGCCGUUUUAGGAUACCGGGCAACUGAGAGGAGCUUUUUGUGUCCUCCAUCAUGGCGAGUGACUCUCCAGCUCGGAGUCUGGACGAAAUCGACCUCUCCGCUUUGAGGGAUCCUGCUGGCAUCUUUGAGUUGGUUGAGCUGGUGGGAAAUGGCACGUAUGGACAGGUCUACAAGGGUCGCCAUGUUAAGACUGGGCAGCUGGCAGCCAUCAAGGUCAUGGAUGUCACCGGGGAUGAGGAAGAGGAGAUUAAAGCAGAAAUUAACAUGCUGAAGAAGUACAGCCACCAUCGGAACAUCGCUACCUACUACGGAGCUUUCAUCAAGAAAAACCCUCCUGGCAUAGAUGAUCAGCUAUGGCUGGUCAUGGAAUUCUGUGGAGCCGGCUCGGUGACAGAUUUGAUCAAGAACACCAAGGGCAACUCUCUGAAAGAGGAGUGGACUGCUUACAUCUGUCGAGAGAUUCUCAGGGGUCUGACUCAUCUCCAUCAGCACAAGGUCAUCCACAGAGACAUCAAGGGACAGAACGUCCUGCUGACUGAGAACGCAGAGGUCAAACUAGUGGACUUUGGUGUUUCGGCCCAGUUGGACAGAACUGUCGGAAGGAGGAACACAUUUAUCGGGACGCCAUAUUGGAUGGCACCAGAGGUCAUCGCCUGUGACGAGAACCCCGACGCCACAUACGACUUCAAGAGUGAUUUAUGGUCAUUGGGGAUCACAGCAAUAGAGAUGGCUGAAGGAGCACCACCGCUGUGUGACAUGCACCCCAUGAGAGCCCUCUUCCUUAUCCCACGCAACCCAGCUCCCAGACUCAAGUCAAAGAAAUGGUCGAAGAAGUUCCAAUCAUUCAUAGAGAGCUGUCUGGUGAAGAGCCACGGCCAGAGACCCAGCACAGAGCAGCUCCUCAAACACCCUUUCAUCAGAGACCUGCCAAACGAAAGGCAGGUCCGCAUCCAGCUGAAGGACCACAUCGACCGCACCAAGAAGAAGAGAGGAGAGAGGGAUGAGACAGAGUACGAGUACAGUGGCAGUGAAGAAGAGGAUGAAGAAAGAGAAAUGGGUGAACCAAGCUCUAUCAUCAACAUCCCCGGUGAGUCAACCCUGAGGCGGGACUUCCUGCGCCUCCAGCUGGCCAAUAAGGAGCGCUCGGAGGCGCAGCGGCGGCAGCAGCUAGAGCAACAGCAGAACGAGGAGCACAAGCGCUUACUGUUGGCCGAAAGACAGAAACGCAUUGAGGAGCAGAAGGAGCAGAGGAAGCGGCUGGAGGAACAGCAACAGCGAGAGCGUGAGCUGAGGAAACAGCAUGAGCGGGAACAGAGGAGACGCUACGAGGAAAUGGAGCAGCUCCGCAGAGAGGAGGAGAGGAGGCAUGCAGAGAGAGAACAGGAGUAUAUCCGUAGACAGCUGGAAGAGGAACAGAGGCAGUUAGAGAUUCUCCAGCAGCAACUACUACAAGAACAGGCAUUACUGCUGGAGUACAAGCGUAAGCAGGUAGAGGAGCAGCGGCAGGCAGAACGGCUACAGAGGCAGCUCCAGCAGGAGAGAGCCUACCUGGUGUCUCUACAACAGCAGCAGCAGCAACAACAGCAGGAGGGUAGGCAAGCAGAGAAGAAACCGCUUUACCACUACAAAGACGUCAUCAAUCCUACUGACAAGCCAGCCUGGGCUAAAGAGGUGGAGGAGCGAUCUAAGCUGAACAGACAGAGUUCUCCAGCACUGCAGCACAAAUUGUCCAACCGCAUCUCCGACCCCUCCCUCCCUCCCCGCUCAGAGUCCUUCAGCAGCGGGGGCAUGCAGCCCGCCCGCACCCCACCCAUCCACCGUUCCAUCGAACCACAGAUGGCUCAUCUGGUUCCAGUGAAAACCCACUCUAGCUCCAUGUCUGGCUCUCAGUCACUGCAGGACCAGACAGGUACAGCUCUGAGUGAGGGCAUCAGCGUGGGCUCCCCCAGACCUGAGAUGCCCCGUCAGAACUCUGACCCCACCUCUGACACACCGGCACCCCAACCGCUGCGUAUCACAGAUCGGGACAGAACCGCCUGGCUAAGAGAGGAGGAUAUCCCACCAAAGGUCCCUCAGAGGACCACUUCCAUCUCCCCAGCCCUGGUCAGGAAGAACUCCCCUAACGGAGGAGUGGGUCUGGGACCUCGCACGGGUUCUCAGCUCAUCCGGGCUAGUAACCCAGACCUGCGACGCUCAGAGCUCUCUCUGGACGCCAUGCUGCAAAGAACCUCCUCCAACUCAUCAUCAUCAUCCUCCCCUUCAUCUCAGGGAGGCUCAGCCGAGAGGCGAGGUACAAAAGCGCGCACUCAAAAACUCUCAAACACCAAGCAGGAAGGAUCCCCUCCGGGAGCCAAUCAGGAGGCAAAGCCCAAACAGGAGGAGGGCCGUGAAUCAGCCAGACCCAGCAGACCUGCAAGCUAUAAGAAAGCCAUAGAUGAGGACCUAAGUGCAUUGGCUAAGGAACUCAGAGAAUUGAGGGUGGAGGAGGGGACCAGACCUCCAGUCAAGGUGACAGACUACUCGUCCUCCAGUGAUGAUUCAGAGAGCAGUGAUGAGGACGGGGAGACAGUGGGGCAUGAUGGGACUGUUGCUGUUAGCGACAUCCCCCGCAUCAUGCCAGCAAUGCAGAGUAGCAGUGAGUCGUACGGAGGGCUGACAGAGGACUCUCUGGGAGAUGCCUAUAAUAGCUCGAAGGACGGCACUCUGGUGAUGAGAGAGGCAGAGGAGAGGAGGAGAGGUGGUCACACAGAGAGUAACGGCUUUGGGAAUCACAGUAACCAUGGUAACCUCCCUGACCUGUUACAGCAGAGCAACUCUCCCUCAGCCACACCCACAGCCCUGCAGGAACUUGGUGACAUGGCUGAGUUUGGUUUGGGUGGGUCCAAAGCAUCCUUCACACCAUUUGUUGAUCCACGUGUCUAUCAAACCUCCCCGAAUGAUGAUGAUGAUGAUGAUGAUAAUGAUAACUCAGCAGCAGCCAUGUUUGCAAAUGAACUUAUGAGGCAGGAGCAGGCCAGACUAAAUGAAGCCAGAAAGAUCUCUGUUGUCAACGUCAACCCAACAAACAUCAGACCCCACAGUGACACACCAGAGAUCCGCAAAUACAAGAAACGCUUCAACUCUGAGAUCCUGUGUGCUGCACUCUGGGGUGUGAACCUUCUGGUGGGGACAGAGAACGGUCUAAUGCUGCUUGAUCGAAGCGGACAGGGAAAAGUGUAUAACCUGAUCACCAGACGGCGUUUCCUACAAAUGGAUGUGCUUGAGGGGCUCAAUGUGCUAGUCACCAUAUCUGGGAAGAAGAAUAAGUUGCGUGUCUACUACUUGUCCUGGCUGAGGAACAGAAUAUUACAUAAUGACCCAGAAGUAGAGAAGAAGCAGGGUUGGAUUACAGUUGGAGAACUGGAGGGAUGUGUGCAUUAUAAAGUUGUUAAAUAUGAGAGGAUUAAGUUCCUGGUGAUUGCCCUGAAGACCUCUGUGGAAAUCUACGCCUGGGCUCCCAAACCUUACCAUAAGUUCAUGGCGUUUAAGUCAUUCACUGAGUUGCAGCAUCGUCCCCAGCUGGUUGACCUUACAGUGGAAGAAGGUCAGAGGUUAAAGGUCAUCUAUGGCUCCAGCGUGGGCUUCCAUGUCAUCGACGUGGACUCAGGCAACCCUUACGAUAUCUACAUCCCCUCACAUAUCCAGAGCCAGGUGACACCCCAUGCCAUCGUGGUGCUCCCUAAGACUGAUGGGAUGGAGAUGCUGCUGUGUUACGAGGACGAGGGUGUCUACGUCAACACCUAUGGUCGAAUCACAAAGGACGUGGUGCUACAGUGGGGAGAGAUGCCUACCUCUGUUGCCUAUAUCCAUUCUAAUCAGAUUAUGGGCUGGGGUGAGAAAGCCAUAGAGAUCCGCUCUGUGGAGACGGGUCACCUGGAUGGAGUCUUCAUGCACAAGAGAGCCCAGAGACUCAAGUUCCUCUGUGAGCGAAAUGACAAGGUAUUCUUUGCAUCUGUGCGUUCAGGAGGUAGCAGCCAAGUUUUCUUCAUGACCCUCAACAGAAACUCUAUGAUGAACUGGUGAUGGCUCCUGCAAUUGUCCGCUCUGCCUCACUCUCCCAUCGAUCAGCCCACCUUGGCUCACGGCACCUCUCACAAAUGAACAUGAUCGAGGAGUGGCCACAAGUGAACUCUUUAACACUGGAGAGACUAAAAAGGUUUAGAAAAAAAGUUAUUGUAAAGAAAAACAACAACGACCUGUUCUAAAUGAAGAGACAUGUUACCUUAGAUUCUAUCAGGUCAUGCAGAAGCCAUGGUUACUCAACUGACUGGCAAACUGGUGCCACUGACUUUCCAAAUAUUCUCUUCCUUCCUUUUUCUCUUCCCCUGUCUGUAACUCUUUUUCCCCUUUUAUCUGUCUUUGUUAUUUUCUCUCUGCAAGGACCAGUGCAUUCAAGUGUUCAUCAACUUAAGAGCUACACUUUACACCUGCCUACCACUGUCUCCCUCUUCCUUUUGUCCAUCCCUUCUUCAUCACCAAGUCUCUGCUCCUUCCACUUCCAUCUAGUCAUCACUUUUUCAGUACUUUGACAUCCGUGUCCUCCAUCUCCCUCACUUGCUGUCAGCCAUGUGUGGGCCCAUUCCCCGAGAACUACACCGCACAGGCUGGAGGAAGAAUAGAUAAUCCAAUUUAAUCUAAAUUUAAAUAUAUACUUCUGAAUAUGACAGUGCAGGGAGGGCAGCUGAGAAAUGACAAAUCUACUCUGAAUAUUGGCCGUGAGAGCAUAAAACCUGAUUGAUUUUCUUCUCUGUCACUCCCCUCCUCCUCCUCCCCUACUUCCUCUUCUUGCCAUCAUUUCAGGCUCCAAGUAGACUGAAUUAUGAUUUAAUGUUCAAUUGCAUUUUUGCUGAUAGAGGUGCAAUGAGACACUGCUGUCAUAGGCAGGUUGUAACAGUAUGCAAACAUGAUGUCUGUGUCCCUUUAAAAUGAAAUCACUGGUCCGCUUAGUCUCCUUUCUUUCCGUUUCCCCCCUCCUGUCAACCCCCAUUAUCACCAACAUCAUCAUCAUCACACCUCUCUUAACGUCUUUAAAUUCUGAAGGUGCUGCAUCAGAUAUACUGUAAUAUUACAAUGAACAAUGAGAGUCAUUCUGUUCAUUACAUAUAUGUUUAUUUCUGUUCUUUUCCUUUUCUGUGUAACAGUUUGGAGUCAGUCAGUCUUGAAGCUUGAUGAAUUGUACAGCACAUGUGUGUCCCUGAAUCAGGAGUGUAUGUCAGUGUGUGUGUGCGUGUGUGUUUUACUUGAUGUGGAAAUGAAUCCCAUUCAAAUCAAGUUUGAAUCAAAGUGCGACAUUGAAGUCAAUGUCUAGAAAAAGAGUCAAGUAAUUCAGUCUCUGUGUGUGAACUCUGACCUUAAUACGAUCAAAGCAACACUGAGUGUAUUUACAUGCAGAUUUAUGAUAGUAUCUUCUUGGUAUGAAGUUUAUGAGUUGGUGUAUCUAAACACCAUGCAUUUAAAAAUAGGCAAUAUUAGAGGUUGAUUUUUGGAGAAUGUUUUUCUUUCCUUUGACACAGAAAUAUUCAAAAUGGUCUGGCUAUUUGUAAACACAGUGACAUGAAGAUCCAUAUUAACGCCUCAUCCUGAAUUUGAUGUUAACAGGAUAUGAGCUGGUACCCCUAAUACUGUGUGCAUGUGAAUGCACUCAUUGUUGAAAGCUGUGGUGUCCUUUUUGAGUCAUGCUCCUGUGUGAUUGGUUCUUCUGAUUUUGGCUCCUAACUGUUUGAACGGUGCCUAGCAUGAUGUAAGCAAAACUAAAACGGAGGCCAAAAGUUUAUCACUUACAUUAUAAUUCAAAUUUCUAUUGCCUACAGGCUCACUUUACACUGUUUUCUUUGUGUUAUGAUCUAACUUUUAACACAUAGUUGAUGUUAUUUGUCUCUCCUAAUGGAGGUGUGCAUUAACGAAGCUGAGACUUGAUUUAUUCUUUGAAAGGAGUAACUGAACAUGAUAUGAUACAAUCUUACAAUUUCAUUCUAAAUCAUUAAUACAUACUGUAUUCUAUUUAUAACACUAUUGAGGGUGGACUAGUUCAUGCAUACUCAUCCAUGUUGGAGAGCAAUAUAAUGCAGAUUAGCCUCUUUGUUGGAUAUACUGUAGGCUUAGCAGUGUUGGCCUAUGGUUGACGAAGUUGAGAUGACACAAAAGAAUACACGUUCCCCAAUUACAUAAUCAUCACCUGAAUCAAGUUUUUCAGUUAAACAGGUUUCUGGUAUAUUUUAAAGGACUUUUUUACACUUGCAUUGAGUAGUUGUUCCUGUGCAGCUGUAAGUUAGGUUCACUGAUCUCUGUUAGGGGGAGCAGACUGACAUUUUUAGCAAUAAAGAGCCGAGCUGAAGAAACCACUGUCUUCCCUGUGUGUGUGUGUGUGCGUGCAUGCAUCUGUGUGUAUGAUUAAUGAGCAAGUGUGAAUGGGGCAUUAAUACUAUGUUUGUCCAUUAUGAAACUCACUCUUCCCAUUGGAAAUGCUGAUGGUCAUUACACUGAGGACUCUCCUUUCAAAGACAAAACCACUGUAUUCUUUAUUCUGUUUAUUUCCUGUUUUUCUUUAUUUUUGAAAGAGCAUUACUAAUGUCCUGUUUUGGGAUUUAUUUGUUUUGUAAAAGAGAUGCUGUAAGAGAGAAUUAAA